CAAACACUGUCGAUUUUAAAUUGAAUGCUAUUUGUACAUGACUGAACCAUGUGGUGUUUGUGAUGUUUCUUGCAGAGAUAUACACAAUAUGUUAGUGAUAGAUUUCUUGCACAAAAUGCGACGUUACUUGAAGAAAUAUUUCGAAGAAUUUUAUCCUUCAGAUAUUGAUGAAAAGGCACCAACUUGCAUUCAGGAAUUGAAGGAGAAUUUCUGGUGGACAAUAAACAAGCAGCACGAAUAUUCUAGCAUAAGUAAGAGUACAAAAGAUGAAGUGAUUCAAAUGUUCAACGAAAUGAAGCACAAAUUGACUGAAUUAUUGUCUCAAGGGUCAUGGAGCAGUGAAGUUGACAAGCGAAACGCAAUUUCAACGGUUUCCAAAAUCGAUGUAUCAAUAAUCGAUUCAGAAGGCUUGAGUGGGGAUUUCGAAGACCGAGAUAUAAUACUCGAGAAUGAAAUCUCUGAAAAUAAUUACUUUACGAAUGCAUACUACUCUCUGAAAGCCACAUUUCCAAGAAGACUCGCGGUCAUUUCGAAGAAAUACGUAUCACCUGGUUUAUUCACUUUCCAACCGUUUAUAAGUGACGCAUUUGGUAUAGUGACUAUGACUUCUGGGUUAUUACAACCACCGUUUUUGAGUGCAUCACAUUCAAUGUCAGAAAAAUAUGGUAUUCUUGGUUGGCUUAUUGGUCGACACAUUUUAUCCGCAGUUUUACGUGAAUAUCGGUUAGCAGAACAAACACAAAAUCAGACAAACUGUGAAACAAGUACUUCUAUACCGUUUGGAACUCAACUAUGUUGUUUAUCAAAAGAAAUCAACUCUGAAAAACUUCAGAAAGAAGGUGAACGAUAUUGUGAAACACAGUCAAGGAUUUUCAGAAACGUACCAAUGUAAAAGUGGUUCGAUAAUGAAUCCUGUGCGUAAAUGUAUUCUGUAAAAAAAAACAUUGAUCGUAUGUGUGUGUGUGCAAAAGUAUCCGUUUCUCUGUUUAAUGGAUUCUGUAAUUAAAACCAUUGUAAUGUAUCA